CGAGCCCGGGGCCGGAAGUUGCUGAGUGUGGAUUCUGUACCGGGAAAGCUGUAGGUCCUGGGGGCCUCGAAGGUGUCACGGCUCAGUAGUUUAUCUUUAAAACUUACUUUUUUUGGUUCUCGGUCUUCAGAGGGAUUAAUUCCUCCACGUGUUAGGAGUUUGAGGCUCUUGCACUCUAGUCGUCUGUCUCUGGUUUCCGUGCCGUUCGUUGGGAGACUCCCAGCCCGGGGGCGAUCUUCCCUCUGAGACUCUAGACCCCGUCCCCGGUGGGGGACCCAACCCACCCGGGAGCGAGCUGGAAUGAAACUGGACGAGGCCUCCCCUCCCUCCGAGGGCUCUGCCCGCACCCUCGAACAUGCCCUCUCCAAGAUUCUUCACGGUCUUAGCCAGGCGCCAGGCCGGGGCCACGCCAGACCCGCCGUCCUGCACGACCUCAGUGCUUUAAUCGAGGCCGCCGAUGGGAACGAGUUAUUUGCGGGGAGUGGGACUCGGGGGAUGCCCGAGGUCCUGGGACAGGUGGCGAAGGCCCUGGAAAAGUUCGCAGCCCCGCCCCAGGAGAAGGCAGAGGGAGGCGACGGCAAUUCCGAAGUGCCCGAGAAGGCAACCGAAGUCGGGUUACUGUUUCUCAAGCUGUUGGGGAAGGUGGAAACUACUGCUAAGAGUUCCCCGGUCUGCCCUGCGUGGAAGACGGGCCUCCGCCACUUGGCGGGACCCGUGUAUGUUUUUGCCACUACACACAGACUGAAGCAGCCGUGGACCAGCACAAGGUCUCAGCAGGUGGCUGACGAGGUGCUGUCCUUACUGCUUCGGGUUACGAAGUGCAGUUCUGUGGCAGGAUUCUUGUGCGGGGAAAAUGAGGAUGAUCGAGGGAGAUUUGCUGCGGUCUUGGGGCUUCUGAAACCCCGUUUGAAUAAGGAAUCCUGGAAGAAUAAUCCUGCACUUAAACAUGUUUUCUCCUGGACUCUGCAGCAGGUCACUCAGCCCUGGCUCAGCCAGCAUCUGGAGAAGAUACUUCCUCCGUCUUUGCUCAUCUCAGAUGACUAUCAGACCGAGAAUAAAGUGUUGGGUGUGCAGUGCCUCCAUCACAUUGUGAUUAACGUGCCUGCUGCUGAUUUGCUGCAGUACAACAGAGCCCAGGUCCUUUACCACGCCCUUUUCAACCACUUGUACAUGCCAGAGCACAACCUCAUUCAGGCUGUGCUCCUGUGCCUCCUAGAUUUAUUCCCUGUGCUAGAGAAAGCUCUGCACUGGAAGGGAGACGCAGCUCGAGCCACUGCCCACUGUCAUGAUGUACUACAGCUGAUCCUCACCCACAUGGAGCCAGAGCAUCGCCUUCUCUUACGUAGGACGUAUGCCAGAAACCUGCCCACUUUUGUGAAGAAGUUGGGGAUCCUAACUGUUCGGCACAUGAAGAGGCUGGAGCAAGUUAUCAUUGGUUAUCUGGAGGUUUAUGACGGACCAGAAGAAGAAACCAGGUUGAAGAUACUGGAAACCCUGAAACUUGUCUUGCAGUAUACUUGGCCCAGAAUUUCCUGCAGAGUUGUGGUCUUGCUGAAGGCCCUCCUGAAACUGAUAUGCGAUGUAGCAAGGGACACAAGUCUCACGACUGAGGCCACUAAGAGCACCCUGCUCCAGGAAGCCACAGACUGCCUGAUUCUUCUGGACCAUUGUUCUCAGGGGCAGGUGAAGGGUCUCCUGUCUAGAAUUGUCCUGUCCUGUGAAGACAGCACAGUGGUGAGCUGCAUCAGGAAAGUGCAGCAGUGCUCUGCAGGUGUCCCUGAGUGACACGUACCAUGACCAACCAGCAAGGAAGGGUGUGGAUGGACUUACGGAAAAUCUAUUUUUAUACUAAACAUUGUAAGUUUGAACUUUUGUUUCCUUCAGUUUAUAAGAGAAACUGAACAAGGAAAAAAAUAUUGAAGCUGGGUGGUGGUAAGCCUUUAAUCCCAGCACUCAGCAGGCAGAGGUGGAUCUGGAUUUGAGGCCAGCUUGGUAUACAGAAAGAGUUACAGAACAGCCCAGACUACACAGAAAAACCCUGUCUCAAAAAACUAAAAAGGAUAAAGAAACACUGACAUUUCUAAGUAAAAAUUGGGAAGGGAAAAUUUAUCACUUGUAAUUUAGAACCAUUUACACACAGUGUCAGUCCAGCUCCAGGGCUCAGGCUGUUACAAACAGCACGUGUUACAAAAAUACUCUUUACACUGUAAGGCUCUCUCUUCACUCACUCCCUGAGUGACAUAAAUAUUAGCAAUAUAAAUACUGUAUGAAAUAUAGCACAAAGGAGCACAAUUGGAAGUGUUGACUUUUCAGGAUAAAACGUGAAGGAAACUCAUGUGGUUUUGGCUUUGGUUGUGGGCUCUGUCUCCUGCUCAUACUCUAUCUCCACAUAGGCCCGUUUUUUCCGCAAAAGUCCUUUCAAGGGUGCUUUGCCUUUGUGUUUGGCCUUAAGGGCCUUCUCUUCCUCUUCUUCACUGGAGGAGUCCUCAUCCUGUUCUUCGUCACUGCCAGCAUCCAGUUUAUCCAUAUCCUAAUACGUGGAGACAGAAGUCAGACAUGGGAGUGCACAAUUUCUCCAGAAUCUUCCCUGCUUCUGUGUUCAGGUCUUCCCUGCUCCCCACUUUUGUAGCAGCCCACAAAACAUUCUUUAUUCCACAGAGCUCACCUCAAAAUCACUCAGGUCACUCUCAUCUACAUCAUCGUCUUCUACAAACUCUCUUUUACCCACAUCCUAAGAUAAAACAUAGUUACCAGGUUAGGGGGAAAAAAAAAUGAAGAUCCAGUUUAGACAUGUAGUUUUACCUCUUCAUAAAUAAGUGAAUCAGAGUCUACCAAAUCCAUUACUCUCAAGUUUAACAUUUAUGAAUUAAAAAGAAAAAUAAAGCCUAUAGUUUAUUGGCUGAACUCUGCUAAACCAGAAUUAAUCAUCACAUGAUACAAAAGGUGGGUGGAGAACUGGAGAGAUGGCUCAGAGGUUAAGAGCACUGGCUCUUCAGAGGUCCUGAGUUCAAGUCCUAGCAACCACAAGCUGGCUCACAGCCAUCUGUAAUGAGAUAUGAUGCCCUCUUCUGACAUGCAGGCAGAAUACUGUAUAUAUAACAAAUCUCUAAAAAAAAAUGGGGAAAAUGCUGCCUCUGAAUUACAUGAGAACAUGUCCUAAAGAUUACUGCGUUUUAAAACAAGACAAACCAUACUCACCUCUUCAUCUUCCUCCUCAUCUUCUUCUUCAUCUUCAGAGUCACUCUCUGCUUCCUGUUUCUCAAGGGCCUUGUCGAAGGCAUGGAUGGGGAAGUUGUAGAUGUCGCCAUACUGAAGAAUAAACAUAGACUGCCUUUAACUGUUCCUGAGUAUUACAUUUUUCAAAGUUCCUCUGCCCAACAAGCAUAUUAUUCAUCGUCAGGCACUAAAUAAGAAAACUGUGAUGAACAAUAUCUCUAUAGUUUCCAACCUAUGUACAGUAUAUUUACAAUGUUUAACAAUCAGCAGUUAAAUAGAUAGCUUCUAUGGAGAAGAGAGCCAAGUCAUUUCAAAUCUACUAGUUUAUGAAACCACAACAUUGGGACAAAUCUAAUUUUGCUUAGAAAGGGAAGUAACACAUUUUAAUCACCUUUCCAUCUUUCUAAAUGACACUGUUAUUAGUCAAAAGACUGAGAUACCUUUUAAAAAGGUUUUUAAGAACUUAAAGAACCUCAAAAGACUAGAGUAACACACAAAAGCAAACACUCUAGCCAUUGAGACCGAGGACAGAGCUUGAUAGGCAGAGUACUUAUUUAGCACAUACAAAUUCCUAGGUUCAAUUUCCAACAUCAUAUACACCUCCAUGGUGACCUCCCCAUUCCAACCUGGUUGGAGGCAGGAAGAUCAAGAAAUUAAGAUCAUCUUUUGCUACAUAAUGAAUGUGAUGCUAUCAUGAGCUAUAGUCUCAAAACAGCAAGAUAAACUAUAGGGAGGUACUGGAGUGAGUGAAUGUCUGCUGAUGACAUGGUACGGCUAUGCCAAGGACCCCAGAGCAUAAGACCCUGGAAGAACGGCAAAGCUGUGUCCCAAGGUGAGGCUCAGAGAGGGAUGGCAAAGCUGUCCUCUGGUCUGAGUGCACAUGCUGAUGUCUACUAUAGCACCACCAACUCCCCCAACAUUUAUGGUCUGAAGAAGUCCCUACUACAAAGACUGCCCCUACUAAGAUUUAGCUAAACCUGUCUCCUUGGUCCAGCUGUGUACCAUAAACCCUGCGUCCUUAUUUAUCUGCAUGUAAUAAGCCUACUCCCUUGUUCAGCUGUGUGUAAUAACUGCCUCCCUGUUCAACUCUAUAUAUUAAACAUGAUAAGCUUC